UAUUUUUUGACUUUCCGCGUGUAUUUAAGAAUUUGUUUGGGUAUUUGUUAAGUUUGAACAUUUUUUUAAAUCUCUGGUGAAAUAAAAACGUUAUGUUAACGGUAAAAAAAUAUUACGUGCCGAAACCGUGGUCGCGCAUUAAUAAUGUUAAUAGUCACUUGUUUGUUUUCUCUUUCAGCCGUUUGUCUGCAGUUACGCCAUAUUGCAGUGUGUUUUAAUAUAUUACUGACCGUGAAAUAACGUACAGUUUGUGUUUCAGGAUUUUGUGUUAAUAUUGUGUAUUUUAACUUUGUUAUAUUAUUUAUUAUCUACUAUUGUAAUGAUGGAAUUUGUUAUCGUUUUGAUAUUUUGUGUGGUUCUUGUGAUUGCUGUAAUGGUAAUUGGUUCCGGGAUGGGGAAAGCUACUUCUUCGCAGCGUCAGAUGGACAUCAUUAACGUCGCUCAGAACUUAUAUGUUUUAAUUAGGAAAGGCGACUUGAAGAAAUGUGACGUUACGCAGACGACCGCGUUUCUUCUCAACAUCUCAAAGUCAACUGUUCUCAAGUACUACAAGAAAGACAUUGAAGAAGUUUCAACACCAGGAAAAAAGAGGAAAAAAAGGCCACAGGAAGGAAAGUCACUUGACACAGUCGACGAUUUCACAGUAAAUGCAAUCAGGAAUGCAAUUUACAGGAUGUACGCUGAAGGUUUGAAUGGUACAGUCGACACCAUUUUGAAAGAAAUCAGGGAAAGACAAAUAGAUUAUUAUGGUGGAAGAUCAAGUCUUCAUAAAUUGUUAAAGAAGAUGGGAUUUUCAUGGACAACUGUUGAUGGACGAAAAGCUUUGAUAGAGAAUGAAAACAUAGUAUUGCAGCGAAUAGAUUUCUUGAGAAAGUAUAAAGAAGAAAAAGAAAGAGGUGCCAAUUUCAUAUUUGUUGAUGAAACAUGGAUUUUCCAGAGAGGCAAGGCAUUAAUUUAUUUGAAAAUUUGUUCUGUGGUCCAAUACAAAGUAUUUCAUUUCCAUUUCAUAUAUUUUUCAGGAACUGUAUCAAAGUCAUGGCAGGACAAGAGUCUACAAUCUGCGAAGAGACGUACUGUUGGAGAUGGUCAGAAGACUGCAGACUACCAUGGCGAGAUGAAUGGGGAAACUUUCUUGAUGUGGUUUGAAGACAUGUUGGUGCAUCUUGAGGAACCCAGUGUCAUCAUAAUGGACAAUGCUUCAUAUCACAGCACCCAGAUGGGCGAGGUGUGUGGAUCACGUGGAGAAGCUAAUUCAAGCAGACUGGGAGAGAGAAGUCCACAUAGACAGCGGCACCAUUCCUCCACUCAUCAUCCACCUCGACAAGGAUAGUUCAAGUGAAGACAGUGACAGCGAAGAAUUUGAGGUUACGACACAGCAAGUAGAUGGAGACAGUGAAGUACUGGCAGUUCCUCUUGAUGAUUUACCCGGGUGUUCUUAUUGAGGUCUGUAUGUAAUAAACACCUGGGCAACUGUAAGUAUUGGGGUUUGAAACAUUUUUUUUUCUUUUAUGCAUUCCCAUUAAGUAUGUUG